GCACAUCAACGUCAACACCCAUCGACCAAAUCCAGCAUCAACCCCUCGAUCUGCUUUUAUCACACGAACAAAAGCAUUCCGAAUUGCUCCCAAGUACCGUCCUCUCGAAACCAAUUCCCUCCAAACCUGCAUCAUGGCUUCCGGAUACGACAGAGCUCUGUCGGUUUUCAGUCCCGACGGUCACGUUUUCCAAGUCGAAUACGCCGGUGAAGCUGUCAAGCGAGGAACAUGUGCUGUCGGUGUCAAAGGUACCGAUGUUGUCGUGCUAGGAUGCGAGAAGCGCUCGGCUAUGAAGUUGCAAGAUACUCGCAUUACGCCCUCCAAGAUUCAACUUCUCGAUCACCACGUCGCUCUAGCCUUCGCUGGCUUAAACGCAGACGCUCGUAUCCUCGUCGACAAGGCGCGGUUAGAGGCCCAGUCCCAUCGUCUCUCAGUCGAAGACCCCGUUACCAUCGAUUACAUCACCAAAUAUGUCGCUGGUGUUCAGCAACGAUACACCCAGGCUGGUGGAGUCCGACCAUUCGGCAUUAGCACUCUCAUUGUAGGCUUCGACCACGGCAGCGACGUGCCCCGACUUUACCAGACCGAGCCUUCUGGUAUCUACUCUGCAUGGAAAGCGAAUGCUAUCGGACGCUCAAGCAAGACGGUCCGCGAGUUCCUCGAGCGAAAUUACAAGGAGGAUAUGAACCGAGAGGCAACCAUUCGACUGGCCAUCAAGUCGCUGCUUGAGGUCGUCCAAACUGGAGCCAAGAACAUCGAGAUCUCCCUGAUGGCGCCUGGUGCUACUAUUGAGACACUGCCCACAUCGGAGAUCGAGGGUUACGUCAAGGAGAUCGAGCAGGAGAAGCAGGAGGAGGCUGCCAAGAAGAAGACGGGCCGAACUCCUGGAACUGGCAGUGCUGCCAUCCUGACUAGAUCUCAAGAUGACUCUGCUGCGGAAUAAAGAGGUCUUUGGAGAAGGGAUACAUAGACAAGCGCGUUGAGCCUCUAGAAUCAGAGCCCAGUGCCAUUGUAUUAACAACACAAGUAAUGACGGGAUGCACGCUAUUAGAUUUAUUCCCCACGUAAGUGACAACUCGCUGUGUACCAUUGUACCCUGAACGCCGUGAUCUUUCCUCUACUGUCUGGUUUCUUCCAUUAUCCUAGCUUGUCGGCAUCGUCUGACGGGUCAAAGAUGGACCUGAUGCCCUUGGUCUUGGUCUUUUGUCUGUCGUCCCUGAGCAUCUUGUUGUCCAUUCGCACGUCUUCGCUCUCGACUGACAGGGCCGCCUGAGGCGUCUUCGCAUCGAUAACAAAGUGGUUGUCGCAGUGGGGGCAGAACUCAUCAGCCUCCUCGAACUCGGUAAC